AUGCUCCGCACAACCUUUUCCAAGACGGCCGCAUUCCGUCCCCUCCGAGCUACCUUCACCACUACUGCUCGAGCCAUGAGCGAGGGUGAUACCGGCGCGCCUCCCAAGACCGGCGGCCCUGGUCCAUUGACUGACUGGGGGGAUUGGUUUCUCUACAGUGACGCCUUCCAGCGCCGUGAGCGCGCCAGCGAGGACUGGGCUAUCCGCCAGCGUGAGAAGGAGCGUCUCCUCGAGCUCAAGAAGAAGCUCGCUGAACAGCAGCAGCACCUUCAGCGCCUCUCUGACCACAUUGAGGAGAUCACCCGCGAUCAGGGUGGCGAGAAGAACUAG